ACAUGCUCACACCCGGCUGGGGGGAGCCCAGCUCUGAGGGGUCUGUGGGGGCACUGAGCCUCCCCUGCAUCCUUCCCCUGUGCUUUGUGUCUGGAAGGAAGAAGCCCCAGCAGCUCUGACCUGGGCAAAUCUUCUGGAAGAUGCAGCCACUCCUGCUCCCUAUGGCCUUUCUGCCUCCUGGGCUGGGACAGCCUUUUCUUUCAGAGGAGAUCAUUGGGGGCCACGAGGCCAAGCCCCACUCCCGCCCUUAUAUGGCUUUGGUUCACUUUCUGGAUGAGAAGAGUUGGAAGAGAUGUGGUGGUGUUCUCACACAAAAAGACUUUGUUCUGAUGGCUGCUUGCUUCAGAGAAAGCUCAAUCAUCGUCACCCUGGGAGCCCACAACAUCAAACAGCAGGAGAGGACACAGCAGGUCAUCCGGGUGAGGAGGGUCAUCCGCCAUCCAGACUAUAAUCCUAACAACUUCUCCAACGACAUCAUGUUACUGCAGGCAAGGAAAACUCCCCUAUGGCCCUGCCCUCCUGGGAUCAGAUUGCCCUCCCAGGAUCUCCUGCCCUUUCCUGGAGAGAAAGGCCAAGAAGACUGCAGCUGUGAGGCAGCUCCGCCUGCCCAGGGCCAUGGCCUGCAUGAAGCCAGGACAGACGUGCAGUGUGGCUGUGGCUGGGGGAAGGACACCAUAGGCACCUACCCUAACUCACUGCAGGAGGUAAAGCUGAUCAUGCAGGAGGAUCAAAUGUGUGAGUCCCACUUACACUACUAUUACACCAACACCAUCCAGCUAUGUAUGGGGGACCCAAAGACAAAGAAAGCUUCCUUUAAGGUGAGAAUGACAGUCUACUUUGCUUGGAUCUGGGGAGAAGUGUGUUUGCAGAAGAUCUGGGACCUGGGGACCGCCUCACCCUCUAGACACCAAGACACAUCCUGGGGCUAG